UCCCACCGGCGGGAGACCCAGAGACCCAUAGAGAGCGUUUCCAGGACAGGUUAACGGGAGGCAGACCCUCUCCUGGGUGAGCCCAGUUGAAAAGCAAGCCCGACGCCAGAAGGGAGAGAUUCGGGAACUGGAUGUGAAGAGACAUUUUUGCCUGGGGCUUCUCGGACCCAAUUAGAUGUUGUACCCAGUCUGGUUACCCUGGUAACAGGCGUCGCGGUUUGUCAGGGAAGCGGUGGGUUAGCCGAGCUUAAUUAAGAAGCCUAUUCAGCAUCAAUCAUGGAGAUAUCCUCAAAGGGUCUGCUCACCCAAGUGACUCAGUUCUGGAACCUCCUAGAUGAUCUGGCUGAAAGUGACCCUGAGGGCUAUGAGAAAUUCAUUCAACAGCAGCUGAAAGAAGGAAAACAACUCUGUGCUGCCCCAGAACCACAUCUCUGUCUACAGACCAAGAUCCUGAAACCAGAAGAAAAAAUACUUUUUAUCAACCUAUGUCAGUGGAAAAGAAUCCCAGCUCCCCAAUCAGCCACUCACCCAGUACCUCUAAGUGUUGGCAAACCAGAAGAUAUGCCUCAGACAUCAGAUGCUUACACAAUCAUCAGUGUUGCCUACAAUCCUGACGUUCUUCAGGUAGCAGAAAAGGACCAAAUGAAAAAAGAUCAGUUAAUACAGAUGACCAUGAAAUGCAUUGAGGAGCAACUCCAGUUCACUCUCUCACACUCUUACCAUAUUACCAAUUUUAAAAUAAAAGGAAGCAUUCAAAGAAUGAAACAAAGUCUGGUGGGAAUCCAAGCUGAUUCCACAGAUUUAAGAGAGAAAAUGAAAAAGGAACUAACUCUUGAACAGAUAAAAAGCAGUACUGUGAACAAUGCAGAUCAUUUUCCUCAACUGUUACUGCCAAAAGACCAAGUUUCAGGCAAAGCAAAGUGUCUGAUAGAAGAGAUUUCCAGCACUGAAAUCCAAGUGGAGAUGAAGAUACCAGCCUAUGAAUUAAAAAUUGUGCAGGAUCAGAAUGAAAAACCUCUGAAAAUUGAGUUGAAAGUUGAAUUACCUGGUAUUAAUUCAGUCUCUCUCUGUGACCUUAACGUUUCUGAGGAUGAUUUACUGAUUGAAGUCCCUGAGAAGUACAGAUUACAUCUGAAUCUUCCAGAACCUGUUGAUACUGAAAUGACUACAGCAAAAUUUAUCAAAGAGAAAUCCACACUAAUCAUCACAAUGCCAUUGGUGUAAAACAAGAGCAUCAUGUGUUUUGGGUUUUUAGUGCUAAAGUCAUGUGAAUUAUAGGACCUUCAUCAUGGGUAGAGGUAGUAAUUUAUCUUAAACACUGAUUCCAUAUUUCCUAAGAGUUCAUUUUGAUGGAAUGAGAUUUUCUCCUCAGCUGUUGUUUUAUCUAUUUUUUAAACUCAUUUUCUCCUUUUCAAAAAAACUUGACAUCAACCAGAAACUACUAAAAAUAUUAUUGCCAUGAUGUACUUGUUUUAGAGAUAUUUGUAGUGAUCUUAAAUAAUUUAUCAUUUGGGAAAAUUCUAGUUGUUCCCAAGUAACAUGCGAGAAUUCUUGGUUUACUGCUUGGGGCAAAAAAAAAAAAAAUGUCUCUAGUAAAUCUUUGCAUCAGGAAAAAAUCCCAGACUGUAAGUUUUUUAUUAACAAGAUGGACUGUAGCAGUGAAAGUCUCCUCUAACAAUAGAUACAGGAUGAAAUAUAAAAUUCAAACUUAUGCUUCUGUGAACCUCUAUACUUCAAUAAAACAGUUUUGCCAGGA